CGGCUCUGUAGUCUGUACUCGCGAGGCUGUCUCCGCAGAGGACGUAAGCGCUCAGCCGCGUCCGUCUUCCGCAACGCACGCUCCACAAAACUAGAACCGUGCCAGGUGUCGGUGCCGUGAUGUCGAAACAGUGAAACAUUUGUGUGCAAUUAUCAGCUUCCUUCCCAUUCGGAUAUCGGAUUGCGUUACGAGUUUCACCAUGGGCGACUCACUUUUGAAAGAAGAUCCGCUGUCAAGGAUCCAGAGAGAGAUCAUCGAAGUCACAGAGAGGGAAAGAGAAUUUAAAGAAGGUCACUUCAGAGUCAACAGGCUUAUGUCCGAAUCUACGAUUGACGUUAAUCACCAGAAUGGACACAUGAACGGCGAUGCUGAUGAGAAAAUAUCGCGGACCCUCAACAGAGCGGUCUCCACUUCACAUUUGUUAGGGCCCAUCGCCCCCUCGACUCCUGCAGCGCCUGCCGCCCUCACCGCAAAUGGUUACACGCGUCGGUUCACUCCGCAGACCGGUACAAAAGGAAUAAUGCAAAGAUUUAUAGCCAGCAAAGGAAAGCUGCCCCCGCCUUCGAAUGCGGCCUCAACACCGAAUACGGCCUUCGCCCCUCCCCUUAUUUUCCCCUCGACUCCAGUAUUGGCGCCAGUAGUUUCCCCUCCUAUCAUCACUCGUACGCCUGAAGGGAAACCAGUACGGAAGGGAUACGUCCCCGUCGAAGAGAAGAUACAAAAGGAACUACAGGAAAUGAAAGACAGAGAGCAAGAGCUGAAGAAAAUGAGGAAAAAACAGAAACCUUUUGAUCUGGAACUGACCGAUGAUGAGAUAAACUCCGAAUCAGAAGAUGAGGAAAUUCCUUUACCCGGGAAACUUAAAGCCACUAAGUCAAUAGGGGAGCUUUAUGAGGCUCUGAACGAAGACAUACGAUCGCCAUCACCUAGAAAUAGUUCGGGACACGACUCACCCGGCAGCCUCAAGCCAGCCAAGUCGCUCGCCGAGCUGUGCGAGCUUGCACCCGGUGAAGAGUUCCUCGCUCCGAGUUCCACUCGGCUCAUAAAGCAGUGGGAAUCUAUGAUACAACAGAAACAGGAGGCCGGCGCUGCCUAACCUAACCUGAGAGCAGAGCCAGGGUUCUAAAGUGUGUAACGCUGAUCGUGUACGUACCGUGUUCGUAAGCAUCAACCACUCAAAGCGAGUUCCGAGGAGCUCCGAUCGAGGUGUCGCGUCUAUGGUGUAGUAACGGGUCCGCGAGUGCGCGCUGCCUUGGAAUUCGCGAUUUACCGUAAUCCGAAAUCGGGCAAACGGACAAAUUCCACGAAUGUCUCGGUGCACCUUCACUCGAUCAACAGUGAAUCAAUUAAUUUUCUCGCUCGCGAUGCAAAUGAUGGUUAUGGUCGCGAUCAUCACGAGCGUUGGAAAGCGGCCGCUGCACGCGCCUUCUGUGUGCGUUCGUUUCUUCCUAUUGUUUCAUUGUCACCUAUAAAUACGUUGAAAAACCGCGUGGUUUUUGCUGCCGCUUUCCAGCGCGGCACGUCGCGGCAAGCGUCGCUCGUGGUUUAUUCAACUGUGGGAAACAAACAAGAAACUAUUUUAAUAGCCGUUUAAUAACGCCUUGGAAUCGGGUCUCAUUAUUGUUCUCGUUCCGUGAGUUCACAGGUGGCACGGUGGCCUACAGCGGCGUGAUUCCGUCAGUGAUUGAGCACUAACAUAAUUGAGUUUGUUAUUGUUAGAGAAUAAACAAUUCGAACGUUACUUACAAUGCUACAAAGAUUACACGAAGCUUUAUGAUUUGUUUAAAAAUGAUUUUACUACGUAUUUCCUUAUCCUUUUCUUAUUUUUUUUUGUUACAAAAUAGUAGAAAAACGGUAUGGAACUCACAAUGAAUUAACGAAAUGCCUUACGGGAUUUUUGCUUGUGGUGGUUAGAUGCUGAUUAUUAAAACACAUGGAAGUCUUUGAAGCGGGCCUCCAAUAAAAUAAAAAUAACAUCUUGUACUUAAUCUUAUCCGGUAUUACAGUUAAUUAUGCACUUAUUAUGCGCGGCGAUGGCCCUAAUAGAUAACUUUAGUUAAAUAUACAUUGUUGAUUCAAAUUUAAUUUGGAUCGCUUUAGAAUUAAAAAGUAGUGUCAAAUAGUCAGUGCCUUAAUCUAAUUUAGAAAUACGAAUAAAUAAAUUAAUUAAUAUAAAGUUUUUCAAAAUUCUAAUGUUCAAAUUGUUAUGGUUUUUAUUGCCAAAUUGUUAAAAGGUUCUGUGCAAAUAAACUCGAUUACUGAGAGUUUGGGAUUGUUUGCUAAUACGUCACACAAACAAUAACAUUUGUUUUGUAUAUAUACAAUACUCGGAAUCAAAACAUUAUGUAGGUUAUGCUGAUACAUAAAAUCGAAACUGCUUUUAAAACUCGAACUGUCAAAUUUAGCUAAAUUACCCAAACUGAGAAUUUUCUAGAGUUGAUGAUGAUUGAUAAACCCUUAAAGACACCUUUAGACUAAAAUAAUUGUAUCUAUGCCACGUUCUUUGUAUUUUUAUAGAAGAUUAGAUUAGAUAGUAAUUACUUACUGAUUGCUUAGCAUAGAAAA